AUGAUGGAGGCCAGAGUCAAGGCCGACCUGGACACGCAGUUUCUGGUCGCCCGCCUGUUCGAGAGACUACGAACCGAGGCUCCUGCCUAUGACUGGGUUGACAAUAUCGCUCCUUUCCACUCUUCCUAUGAUAACUGGCACGUUCAUGGAUACCGCCGUGCUUCGCAACCCAUCGAUCGCAAGUCGAGCAAACCCUCUAGUAGAUCCACCAGCAAGGAUCGCCGAAAGGACCGCGAAACGUUAGAGAAGAACAGAGAUAAAGAGAGCGAACGGAGCGUGUCCGAUGCACAACAGGGCUACGAUGUCGUCGCGCGCAUCUCCCGCCACACGACCCGUCUGGAGCGCGAGUUUGGCCUGGCAAAGAGGCUGAAAGCAGAAGAUGAUCCGGAAUGUCUACAUUUCAUCGACCCUGUCGAGUUUCGCAGACUCCCAGCGCGCCAGCCUGGAGAAGUCACUCUUGUUGCUUUCAUUGCGCGAGCCCCCGACAGUGGCGGCGACUACAUGAAAGAGCUGGUUGAGUUUGGUCCAAAUCUACGUCAACCCGAGCUGCCUACCUCGCCAAUCAGUCCGCACGCACAUCAUGAACCUGAUCAUCUCCCUCUCUCCGAACCUCUGCCCGUUGGCCUCUUCCUCGACUUCGCUAUUGGCGCCACUGAAUGUUGUGAGAUCCUGCAUCACAGCAGAGAGUUGGUCCAUGGAGAGCUUCGCGGCGAUGCCUUCCACUUUAGCAAAGAGAGUCGAACCGUGCGCUUGAUAAACUUCGGUUCUGGUGCUCGCUCUUUCGAGAACGGCCUAACAUCUGCUGGUUGGAGUUCGCUAACCUCUGAAGCUGGUGUGGAGACCCGUCUCCAAUUCAUAGCCCCGGAGCAAACUGGUCGCAUGCCUGCUGAACCCGAUACAAGGACUGACAUAUACUCGCUCGGCAUUCUGUUCUGGACCAUGCUGACUGGCGUGCCCGCUUAUCGUGGAGGUAAUCCUCUGGAGAUUAUGCAGAACCUGCUAUCUCGUCGGGUUCCUGCAGUCGAUAGCAUACGCACUGAUGUGCCCCAAAUCAUCUCGAAUGUCAUACAGAGGAUGACACAGAAGAAAAUGGGCUCUCGCUACCAAUCGAGCUCUGGAUUGAAAUAUGAUCUGCUCGAGAUAAAGAGACUACUAUCCGAAGGUGAUGUCGACGCACUACAGUCGUUCGAACUUGGUUCUAAAGACGUUUCCUGCUUCUUCAACUUGCCCAACUCGCAGAUCGGACGCGACGAGCAACGAAAACUGAUCCUCGAUGUCAUAGAGAAUUCUGCUUUACGUGUUUCCCAAGCCAUCUCAACUUCUAAGAAAAGCCUACAUACGUUGAGUUCGCACUCUUCGACCUCGGUCUCGACGCCUACGGGGCAUGAACGUCAUGAAAGCGGCCUUUUGGACGAUAUCAUGUCCCAGAGCACAGAUUCGGGUACUGGUGUUGAGCAUGAACUCAAGCUCUCCGUCUCGGUAGACAGAACUGAGCAUUCGAAACUGCAGCAUGAACUAAGUUCGCAAGAGAGCAUCGUGGCCUACAAUGGUGCCGAACUGGAGCAUAAGCCAUCAUUGGAGAGUAGACCUUCGGUGUACAACCUUGACAGCAGUCAAAGAUCCACCGUGUCGAACUCUGUGGCAGGUCAAUCUGAUGGAUCAACUCUUCGCGCCGCACAGCGACUCAAGCAGAUUGGCCGCACUGAAGUUUUGUGCCUUAGCGGUGCUGCAGGUCUUGGAAAGAGCUCUCUAUUGCAUGACGUGCAAAACAUGUCAAGGAAAUAUGGGUAUUACGCAUCAGCCAAAUUCGAUCAGGUCAAACGGGCACCUUUCGAGCCAGUGGUGCGCGUCAUGUCCUCUCUUUUCCGUCAGAUCUUUUCCGAAGGAGAUGUUUCAACCCCGUUCCACGACAAUAUUCGCACAUACAUCAAGCCUUAUUGGGGCUUCCUUUCUGGCUUCCUCGAUCUUCCGCCUUGGCUGCUAUCUCAAUUCCCUACUCAUCAGUCCUCAUUGAGUUCAGACUCUGCUUCGCUACGACUGCCUCGUGAGAAGUGUGGCAGCAAUGGAGACACAGCUUCUGAUUGGCUACGUGCUGGAGGCAGCAAUUCAAGCAAGUCAAAUCGUUUUGUUCGCACCUUCCUUGAUGUCUUGCGUCUGCUAGCACUGCAGAAAUUUAUUUGCUUGACACUUGAUGAUUUGCAGUUCGCAGACGAAGAGAGUAUCGAACUUCUAACGAGUAUUGUUCAGGUCAAGAUACCUUUGGUGCUUGUGCUUACUUACCGCGAUGAAGAAGCUCUGCCUGCCAAACUCCAACCUCUACUUGAGAAAGCUACAAAGAUCAACCUCAAGCCUUUCAGUGAAGAGGAGACGUCUCAAUACGUAGCCAUUACCCUGCAUCGUUCACCCGAGUACGUUCUACCCCUAGCCGCUGUCAUUCAGCAAGCGACUCAUGGCAAUCCAUUCUUCGUUCGAGAGAUGCUUGAUUCCUGCUAUCGCAAGCAUUGUAUAUACUACUCAUGGCGGUCUUCACAAUGGGAGUUCGACCUUGACAAGACCUUUGACGAAUUUGCUUCGCCAGAUGCUGAUCAAUUCUCGACGAACAACUACCUCGUAAAACGGCUCGAGGAUCUCUCGGAUGACUGCAAAUCUGUGUUGUCUUGGGCUAGCUUCAUUGGAAACACGUUUUCGUUUACUCUUGUGAAGCGUGUAAUGAGCUGCGACUGUUCCAAGCAGUCUAAGGACGAAUACUUACCGCCCAAAAAGGACCCGGUGACUGGCUUGCAAGAUGCUAUUAGCUCCUAUAUUAUCGUUGCCACAGAGGAUGAGGACAAGUUCAGGUUCUCACACGACAGAUAUAUGGCUGCUGCUGAGCUACUGGCCAAGGAUUGUCGCAAGGAGGAGAUGCACUUUAUUAUUUCGGCAUCACUGAUGUACCAUGAUCCUUACGACAGCGCUACUAAACCCACCCAGCUCUUGUUCGACCAAGCCAGACACAUCUGCAAUGCUGUAGAGGCCAUUCAAGCUCGGUCCAGCAUUGGUAAUGGCCCGUUCAGAGACCUGCUCUACCAAGCAGCCGAGACCACUCGAGAGCAGGGAGCAAGGUCAAUCUCUCUCUACUUCUUCCAGCAUUGCUUGAUGUUACUUCCUGAUGAUCCAUGGAGAGAUAAUUCACCCGAGGGCUCUUACCAGGAGACACUGACUCUCAUGACCAAGGCGGCCGCGUCUUACUGGUAUCUCGGAUUUUUCGAGGAGGCCGAGAUCAUACUCAAGGAAAUCAUGUCAAAUGCUAAAGCCGCUGCUGAUAAGACACCAGCAUUUAUAAUUCAAAGCCGAAUGCAUGCACAGAAAGGAGAUACGCACAUCGCUUUCCUUGGCAUGAAGCGAGCUCUGGCAGAUCUCGGUGCUGAGAUUCACGACACAACUUACGAGGAGUGUGACAAGGAGUUCAACGAACUUAUCAAUCUUGUUGAUGUCCCGGAUCGACAGCUGUUCGAAGCAAGAGAUGUGCCGAUUGACCGAGAUCUAUUUACCACUGCGGCUGUCAUGAUUGAGCUUCUUAGCGCUGGAUUCUGGACCGACUCCUUAUUAUUCUACUAUCUGACCUUGAAGAUGAUGCGAUUGUUUAUCGACAAGGGCCUCUUUCCACAGGCUGCCGUGGGCUUCGUUCAUCUGGCAUCUAUUGCCAUCGGCCGCUUCGAAAUGAUUGAAAAGGGUGUCGAGCUUGGAAACACAGCCCUGAAGCUUUUUGAUCUCUUUGAUACCGACUCUUACACGAUUGGGCGUGGAGUCACACUGCACAGCCUUUUCCUUGGACACUUUGUUUCGGAUAUCGCUGAUCAAGUGCCGGCAUUAGAAAGGGGCAUGGAGGCAACUGUCCUCGCUGGAGAUAAACUGGUUCACCUUCUGAACGUUGGCGUCAUGUGUGCGUACAAGUUGUGGAGCUCUCACAAUUUCGAAGAAGUGAGCGCCUACAUUCAGUACCAGAACGAGGUAUUCCCGGAGUGGCCCACCGACCUUCGUGGAGGUGUUUUCCUUGUUUCGGUGCGUCAGUUUAUCCAAGCGCUACAGGGCAGGACCGACUGGCGCAACGCCCAACAUAUUUUCGAUGACGAUUUCCAUCAAUCGCAACAAUACGUCGACUUCUUGCAGUCUCACUCCACUGCUGCCGUCCGACCUCUCUUCUUCUACAACAGCUACAGAAUUGCAAUCUUGUACAGGUUCGGGUACUGGCGCGAGGCCCUCGAACUCGGCGACUCUGUUCUAGAGUCUAUCUCUAGUGUUUGGUCCAUACGACAUGCUUACUACUGCUACUUUUACAUCUCAAUGGCAAUGAUUGCCAAGCUGCGUGAAGAGCCAAAUUGCGCGGAUCGCGAAGAUGUUCUCAAAAACAUUUACAAGUUCAAGGCCAAGAUCGAGACGGCCAGUCGUAUCAAUGAAUCGAACUUUGCUGUUUGGUUGCACCUUCUGCGCGCGGAAAUCGGUGACAUCGAGAAUCGAUCUGAUGUAGCCACAUUAUCUUACGAGGCCGCCAUCGACCAUACAAUGGUCCAUGGACUCCUCUCAGAUGAAGCUUUGUGCUACGAGCUAUACGGCGAAUUCAUGGUCCGAAGAGGAGCCACCCGUCCUGCACGCGCGAUGAUUCGGGAUGCAAUCGCUGGGUAUCGCCGUAUAUCUGCUACAGCAAAGGCGGAACAUUGUCGUGAGAGGCAUGAGUUCUUGCUUAUCGGCUCAAGAACCUUCGGAAAUGCAGAUGCGGGUACACAGACGGUCGAGAACGAGAACAUUUCGUUCUCCAUGGUCCAGAACGAAACGCCUCAAGCGUCUGGUGAUAGAACGCAUGAAUGGUUGACUCCAAGUGCAAACACGAUCCCUCAUCAGCAUGAAACACAACAUGACCUGCAGGGUGGAUUCUCUGCCGUCGGUCUCGAUAUGAUUGACCUUGCCAGUAUCCUGGAAUCCUCACAAUUGCUGUCCUCGGAACUCAGGGUCGACAAACUGCUUGCAAAGUUGACCAACAUCAUCGUAGACAGUACAGGAGCCGCUUUAUGUGGUCUUGUUGUCAAUGAUGAUGAAAUCGGUUGGAAUGUUGCUGCUGUGGGAGGACCGGACAUCUCUUACCAAGACAACGUCGGCCAACCAAUCAGCGAAAUUGACGAUCCACUGUCAAAGCAAAUCACCUUCUACGUUCUGCGGUUCAAAGAGGAGCUUUUCCUACGCAACGUACUCGAUGACGAGCGAUUUGCAAACAUGCCUGCAUCCUGGAGACAAAAGUAUCCUGAAGGUAAGGCUGUGAUUGCCUUGCCCAUUCUGCACGGCGACGAUACUCUCCUCGGCUCAAUAUACAUUGAAGGACCUCCCAACUCGCUGUCACAGCGCAAUAUCACCGUUCUGCGCCUGCUUGUCAACCAAAUUUCGAUUUCGAUCGCAAACGCGUUGCUCUUCAAGAAAGUUCAGAAGGUCUCGGCAAGCAACUCUUCAAUGCUUGAAGUGCAGAAGCAGGCUCUCGAGCAAGCACGCGAAGCUGAGCGAAAAGCCAAGGUCGCAGAAGCCAAAGCCAUGGAGAUGGUCAAGCUCAAAGAAGAAGCUGCGAAAGCGAAGAGCAUGUUCUUGGCGAACGUCUCCCACGAGUUGCGCACUCCUCUCAACGGAGUCAUUGGCAUGUCCGAGCUGCUCAAGGGUAGCAAUCUCAACACCGAGCAAGAAGGCUAUGCCGACAGCAUCCGUGUUUGUGCCGACACUUUGCUUUCUGUCAUCAACGAUAUCCUCGAUUUCAGCAAACUCGAGGCCGAUAAGAUGGCUGUGUAUUCCGUGCAGCUGUCUUUGACUCAAACUAUCUCUGAAGUUGUCAGAGCUCUUUCUUACACCAAUCUGGAAAGAGGGCUGCAGACUGUCGAGAAGCUCGAGAUGCCGUCGAGUCUGCUCGUCAUGAGUGAUCCCGUACGCUUGCACCAAAUUCUUAUGAACUUACUCAGCAACGCAUACAAGUUUACUGCUAAGGGCACAGUCACCAUCAGGGCAUUCAUCGAGCACGAAACUGAGGAUACCGUCCAAGUAACCUGCAGCGUAACAGACACUGGUAUCGGCAUUACCGAAGAACAAUGCAAGAAACUCUUCCAGCCAUUCAGUCAAGCAGACGACAGCACAGCGCGUAGUUACGGUGGCACGGGUCUCGGUCUUUCGAUCUGUAAAGCCAUCAUCGAAAAGGUGCUCCACGGCAGAAUUUGGCUCGAAUCCACAAUCGGCGUAGGUACAACCGUAUCCUUCUCCUUGCCCUUCCAGAAGAUCAGACCUGGCGCCGAAUUGGGUGCAGCUCCGCCGGCCGAUCCCAUGGCAGCAAUGUACAAGCCCAGCGAAGCCGAGAUGAAGAAAACGUCGUAUACCAGUCUCGCUCACAUCCCUCGCGACAAACUCCGGAUUUGUAUAGUAAGUCAAUGCCAUUCCGACAACCCAAUCAAUCAAAAGAUCGCCGUCAACUUCGUAAAGAAGCUAGGAUUCAAGUGCGAGGCGUACGGGGAUGGCCAACAAGCCGUGGACGCCCUCGCCGCAGCCAGCAAAACAGGCGUACCCUUCCACCUUGUCCUCAUGGACGUCCAAAUGCCCGUUCUGGACGGUUACAACGCCACUCGCGCCAUACGUGCCCACGAUGACCCCGUCGUCCGCGAAGUACUCGUUAUCGCCAUGACUGCCUCGGCCAUCCGCGGCGACAAGGAAAAGUGCCUUGAGGCCGGCAUGAACAAUUACUUGGCUAAACCAGUUAGGGCGCAUGUGUUGAAGCAGAUGUUGGAAGGGUACUUGAAUCAAGUGCCAAAGACAAUGAUGAAUUUGCAACAACAGGCGAACAUGUUGAGUCAAGAGGUGCUCGAUGAAGCGAGUAUGUACAAGCCGCCGCCGACAAUGGAUGCCGGUGUUGACGGGGAGAAAGAUGGGCAGCAGACUCCCACGCCUGCGACUGUCAACUCGGGCGCUGUUGCUCUUCCGACGAGGGAGAAGUAG